UUGAUUUUGUGAAGCCAAAGUAGCCAGUGGGACGGAUGUUCCUAGGAAACCGCUGGUCAUAAACUUGAUUCUUGACUAGGGUGUGACCCCAAUGUGUAUAAACCCCGCUAGUGUUACUGAGAGGUUCAGAAAAUCUUACUUUGCUGUACAGACUCAACCUUCUCUACACUUGAGACUUUUCAGCCCUGUGUCCACGAAGGCAGUAUGUUCCAGCUGGAGGAGGCGCGAGGGAGGUGUUGGCGGGCAAGCAUGCUACUUGUUUUCUGUAAACUCCAAUUUACUUGGAUCUGUCUUCAGUUCCAGGCCUUGUUCAUGUAGACUUCAGAAGGCAAGGUUUCUGGGGUGAGUGCAAAGCCAGGUGUGCUUUUCUUCUUUUGCUGUUGAUGGGGAGAGUAGGGUCAGGCGAUAUAUUUUAAGCAUAGAAUGCUCUUCAUUCUUUCCGUUCUCUCGGGCUAAUAUGAAAUAUCAAAGGAAGCAAGUUUUCUGUGUUGGGCGAAAUGCACAGUUUCUACUGUUUGUUCAGCUGAGGUGGAAGUCAGUUCAUAUUUCAAUGCUAAUGGAAUGAGACUAGGGACAAUUCAUCUUCCGAAGGCCUCCCCUGUGGAGAGUAGUGCCGUCCUAAAUCCAUUAACAAGGCUUUAGCCGUCAGGCCUUGGGCAUGGGCUCUUAAUGAUCCCAACAGAGGAUGAAACUUGGCAGAUCACUGCUGACAAGUGCUUCCUUCUACCUGUCUGCGAGGCUUCGAUAGUGCUUCCAUUCUCUCAUGGGCCAAGGAGAGUGCCGAAAUCGCCCCUGUGUGUGGAAUGGCAGGACAGUGCUACCGACUCCGUUGUCCCCCGAACCGCCGACAGAGGAUGCAGUGGACCGCUCAGUGGCAUCAGGGUCCGAGCCGGCUUUCCUGGGACUCCCCUGGGGAGAAGCAGUGGGACCCCAGUGCCCUUGGUGACCCCAGCGCGCGUGAGUGUAAACUGCCGUGUCCAUGUGUCCUCAGCCAUCCAGAUUUCUCCUCCUUAUAUACGUACUGGGAGGAAAACAGUAAUAUUUUCAUCACUUGCCUAUGUUCACACCCAGUUUUAUGAAAUUACUGUUUUUCCUCCUUUGCUGGAUGCUCUAGUUGGAAGCAACAGCUAAAUUUCUCUGAAAACUAAUCAAAGCACGUGAAAAUAUUUGAAUUGCUCUAUUAGCCAAAAUAAAAGAGGUGAUUUGUGGGGACAGGUAUGAUAGUCCCAGUUUUAUGUGGUCUAGUUUAGUGCUAAAACAUAAGAUUUAAAACUGGGACAUUGUAUUAGUAAAUAUAAUGUAUUUUAAAAGCUCUUUGAAAAAUGGAAGAAACUGCCAGUGAUGUUUAAUUUGGUGUCUUAAUGGAAUUAAAAGCUCUCUGACAUCUGGAAAGGCUUAGCCGUUGUGAGUGAAGGGAAUUGAAGAGAAUAAGAAUUGAUAAAACUUCAAAUGAGAAAUUGGUAACGGGGUUGUCUCUUGGCUGCUACUCACCCACUCUCCUUACUCCAACUAUUAAGUCCCUACAUGUUAUUUCACGAUGCCUGUCCUCAGUUCUAGUCCUGUGUCUCUGUUCGCUCUCGACACUUCCAGUUGCUUGGCCCGUCUUUAAACUUAAGCCCCUAGCAAGAGCACAGGCGUGGAAUAAAGGCUCCGUGACCCUUGAAUCCCUUGCAGAAGUGUGCUACCAAGUCCGGGUGACCCCUCAGAACACGGCUGGUGGGGCUGUCUCAGCAUCUGAGGGCAGCCUUCUUAGACAGGCGUCACUCUGUGGAGCUUCAGAAGUGAUGCAGCUGAUUCUGGUGGCUGAAUGGGUUGUCACCUUCCUGAAGACGUCCCUUCCGUCAGGACGCCUCCUCAGGCUGUGUUCCGGCCAGGUUGAUCUCUGUCACUGUUCUCCCUCACUAGACUGUGAGCAAUACCAGACAGGCUCUUAGAAGUUAAACACCAGAUAGGACACAGCUCUGGUGAGUCUAGAUGUAGAAAGAAUUCUGUGUAACCAAGAAGUGGGAGAGACUAGAAUACGCCAGGAUUAUCCAAAAAUGGUGAGGGCAUUCCCUUCCAGGAGUCAUGGAGCAUCCUAGGCCCUCAGGGUGUUUUCCAGCCUCAGCGCUCAGCAGACCCUACAUUCUUACACCCUUGCCACUGGCCUCCCUGUACAGACACCCAGUCUUUGCUUAUGCUGGUUGCAGUGCCAGCUCACUGCUCUGCCUGCUGAAAGCUUUCUCAUCUCGCAGGCAUUUAUUGAGCAUCUACUCUGCGCCAGAUUGUGGGCUAGGCCCUGGGGAUACAAGGAUGAGUAAGGCAGGUCCCUCCUCUGCCAGUAAUUCAGGGCCUUAGCACGGGCAACGUGUAAACCGAUUCUUUCCGCCGAGAAUCCUAAGUGCAACGAUAGAUGCAUAGGGAACUCAAGAGUGUUUUUAUUCUCGACUAAGCACUCGAGCGUCCGGUACUUCCUGCUCAGUGCUGCCUGGACCUUCUUCAUGCUUCUCUGGGACACUGUGCCCAGAGUGCUUUGUGCGAUGUGUGUCCCUCGAAGGCCUCAAGGCAAGACCAGCCUUUGAUUUGAGUCCCUGUCACAGCGCUUUGCACAUUUUAGAUUUAUUUAUACGCUGCUUUGUUCCAAAAGGGAUUUGCAGCGGCUCAUAAAGGUACAUCUAGUACAUGUGAUAAGAUAGCAAAUAAUUGAAAGUGUGAGAGGAGAAAGGGAUGAAAAAAGGAGUGAUACGACAUCAAAAGAGUCUGUUGUUUGCUGGAGGAGAUCCAUAACAUUGGUUCUCAACUCCUUAGGGGUUAAUGUAAAAAGGGAAAUAAUCAUUUCUGUGUUUUAUGGAAUGGGCAUCAUAGAAUUUUUUUUAAAAAAUCUUGUAAUGAUACUGAGGACCAAGAAAUUUCCCUCCUGGGAACUCACUGCAGGGACACUGUGUGAUGUUAUGCAUUAAUCCCUGUGUGGAUUAGCCUCAUGAUUGUCACAGAGCUGUGUCCGAGAAAGGUCGUUAGUGUAGGUGUAGCUUCUUCUGCAGAGGGCGCCUCACAGAAGACCAGGAGCCUUCAGCUAGCUUUCUAGUAAGAGUGUUCUGUAAUCUUUUAAAACUCAUGACCUCUUUUAAGAAACAUACAAAUUUCGUACCUCUCUCCAUUCUGAUGCAGUCCCCCUCAUGUCUGUCAUAUUCGACCUCUUACCCUCACCAGCCGAGAAUAUUGUGUCUUGCUUUUUCUUACGUUUGUAUUAUAAAAACAGUAGUUACUCAGCUCUCAUAUGUAGUUCCGUUAUUAUAUUGUCUGUGACUUCAAGCUAUAGAUUCUUGUUCUGCCAGCCUUCGGAGUGCCUGGAAUGCCACCUACUCUCGAUUAAGACUCAUUUCUCUUGAAUUCUUACUUUAAUUGGCCCGUUUACUUAGCUUGUUAAGCUGGAUUCCAGCUUUAAUUCAGGGGGUCUUGUUAAAAGGAUUUGUACUUUGCACUACGUCAGGCAAGUAAGUUUGAUCAAAGCUGUCCUCCUGACAGCUUACAUAAGUGAAAAAGAGAACCUUGUAUAGAAUUCGUUUCUUGGGAUUGGUCUAAAGCAGAGGUAGAUAUGCUAACAUUUUAGUUCCUCAAGCAGCUCAUGAUGUAACAGGCGCUUGAUUGGCUGUCUUUUCAACACCAGGGCCUCAGCUGCUAUCCAGGUAAUCUGUUUUUCCCCCCUCAGUGGGCUUCAGAUUUAUAGCAGGCUUUGUUUUUCCCAGGAUCCUGCUGAUAAUAUUGAGCACUUAGAAUUGCCAUGUGCUGUGCUAAGUGCUUCUGAAUUUAUAGCAGCUUUAUUUGCUCUCAGUUCGUCCUCAAAACAAACUCCGUUUUACAAAAGAGAGAAAUCAGAAGCUAAGAGAUUUGUCCAGCAUCUUCUGGUUCAUAGAUGGCAGAGCCAGAACUCGAAGUCGGUCGCUUUUAUCAUGUCCUGGUGCUGGGUGUCAUAACGCAGUCCUUCUGCCUUUAUAAAGUCUAAUGAGACUUACUUGGAAUAAACCCCCCAAUUGCAAGGCCCUCGGGAUUUCUUCCGUAGAGGUUCUAGGUUAUUCGUCCAUUUGCUCAGAUUAGUCAAUCUAGAAAUAGUGAGAUUCUCAGGUGAAUUUCCGAGCGUUUAAACCUCUUUGAAGUUUAAAGAGUAUUUAUUUCAGCUACUGAAAUGCUCCUGGAAACACGUGACUAUUACACCCAAAUACUUAACACAGGCUGGGCCUGGGGCUUCUCGCCAGCUUAGGUUUUCGCAACUUCCCCAAGCGUCUGAACAGCAGCUACGUAGCUUGCUUCGCCACUGCUGGGAUUGUCAUCAUUUUCUCACUUGAUGCAGAUAUUUUCUCUUCCUAUGAAUAUUGCCUUAAAAAACAUUUUAUAUUUUGGCAAUUGACUUGGGAAAUAGUAUCAAAUACUCCUGAUUCUCCCUUCCAUCUCUCUUAAAGAUUCUGCUGUUUUUUCCUGAUUCUGCAGUCCCUUCCCCGUUCUGAAACUAAAGAGCAGGACCUGAGAUACCCCAGGAUGUUUCUCGUCGUCUCCCCCGCCCGCAGAAUGGGCAUCUGUGGUCACAGGGUUGCGGGGGGAGUGAUUUUACUAAUCUGAGCAGCUCUACAUUAGUUGUCAUUUCGUUUUACUAGACUCAUUUCCGUCCAAGUUAAAUUUCUGCUUUCACUUUCUGUGUUGUCCUCUGUACCUUUCAUGUGUUUGAAGUCCACACUCUGGUUUUCUCCAUUUGUUUGACUACAUCAGAAUAGUGCUCGUGAUCAAAGAGCAUGCAGGUGCUUUUGGAAAACAACAGAUUCAGUUGUGAAAGGUGUCACUUGUGAUGGAUUCCAAUUUAAUGAAAAUACAGCAACCAGUAAUAUACAUGUCCUUUAAAUGUUUUGUUGAUGUUGGUGAUAACAAGAUUUGCCACUCAUCUUUCCUGCCUUAAUCCUCUUUUGGAUUGUACUGUGAAUCUUCCUGCGUUUUCCGUGGGUGUCCUUGAAUGUUGUAGAAACUCUGAUGAGCUUCCCCAUGUGAUUCACUGUCAGUCUUCCCGGGGGGUAGGGGAAGCCCUUGGGCUUCCUUUGCCAUCACAGUGGACUUUGGGGAACAGGCAGUGGCAGUUGAGGCCUUAUUUUAAACCUAGAGCCUGUUACUCCCAGGAGAUCCCGCGGAAGUGCUGUCUUGGUCGAGCCACCCUCUCUGCAUUGCCUACUGCUUCUCAUUCCUAAGUCUGUUUCGUAGCUGGCUGUGGAGCUGCUGCCCUGCUUCUUUCUCCAGGGUCCUCAGAGGCCCCUUUUGUCCAGUGCCAGGCUGACAGACAGAAUGAUCCCAGGGGCAUCUGGGGUCAGUCUCGGAGCUGAGAACCCAGGCUGUGUCAGAGGAGGUUUGGCUGACAUGUAAAUGAACCUAUCAGAGCCGAGUCCCAGAAGAGAGGUGAAACUAAGUCAGCCUCUCCCCUGGAGAAAUCGCGACCAACUUGUUGUUUGAAUUUGGGAUGGUCAAACAGAGUGGGUGUGCUUUAGGAAAAGCAUCCUCUGCCCUGUGUGACUUUGGGGCCCCGACAGAGUGGCCUGAACAGACCUGAAGUCUGAUUCCCGUGUGACAUCUGGGCAAGUGGCUCAACCAUGAACCUGUUUCCAGCUAUAAAAUGAGAGAGAAACUUACGAGAUAAGGUUCCUUCAGGCCUUUAAGUGAGGCAGCACUCAGUGGCAGCUCCUGUGUGUUCCCUUUGCCAUCCGUGGACCAGAGGAGAUAGGAGGGUGUGGAGUGAUGCAGAGGAAAGGGGGUGACUGCUAUGGGAAGGUGAGCAAAGCUCUAUCUGUACACCGUGGUGCAGCAGUGACAAGAAUGCAGAGGUGUGAAUGCCAGCGUGGGGGUGAUAAGCAAGGGGUCUGGGGGGAAAGCCAGGGCUGGAGGUGGAAUGUCCGUGUCCUGUGUGUCAUUCUCCUGGGAGCUCGGCAUGCCAAGCAGCUUCUCGUACACGCUUCCCCUUGUGGUGAUCCAUAGAGCAGCACCAUUACCGAGCAGCUUCUGUCACAGCCACAGUCCAGAGUCCAGGGCUUGGUCUGCACCCUGCUCCUGCGUCCGUCCGACGAGAUGGUAAACUCCCUUGGGAGCCAGGAAUUAUCUCUUGUCUCCUCUCUUUCCGUGUCCAGCACAGUGUUCUGAACACUGGUGUUCAGUUAGCGUUUAAGCUAAAGCACGUGUGUUCUGGAGCACAGCGUCUUCCCUACUCAGGAAGUGAUGCCACUGACCCAGGCUGGUUCCACAACAAGGCUGGACGGCUCCUUGGGAGGAGGCAGUGCCAAGUGAGAGGGCAGUCUACAGGGCUACUGCUUCCUGCCACGCAAAACAAUUGCUAAAAAAUGUAAAAAUAUUAAAAAUAGGGCAGUGUGGUUAUUCCCAUCCUAUAGUUGAAGAAAGUGAGGUUUGAGGAUGUCACACAGCUUGUAUAUGGACUCCUGGUGUAGUGCUCACUCCCCUGACCCAGAAAUCUGCCUCCUGCUCAACUGAUACGCCAGGCUCUCCCCAGGGCAUGUGUGUGUGCGCGCGCGUGCGCGUGUGUGUUGGGGGGGGUGCUUCUUACCUCAUCAUCCAUCAUUCUUCUAGCCCAUCCUGUGCCUCUUUUUCCUUUCCCAUCCCGAGCUCUAGUUACCUGGCGAGUGCUGGCAGUGAGACCGGUCCGAGUCCCAAGAGGGAGGGAUCUCCUCUGGUGCUUGGCAUUUUGCUGGGCACUAACGCCUGUGUGACACAGCAGGAGGCAUCCCCCACUUUUACCCUAAUAAAGGGAGGCUCAGAGGCGAAGUAACCCUGUGUUGGCCCAAAGGGGAGGGGAGUGGGAAGGGUGGAGGGCCACGUCCUUAGUCUGAAGGUGGUGGGCUCGGGCCAGAACGCCACACGGAUGCGGUGCCCACGAGGGGCAGGAGUGCGAGCUUGCAGGUCGUGGGUGUCCCUGACCAAAACCCCUGUCCUGAGAAAGGGCCAAAGGGCUGACGAGCUGGGAGGGUUCUGGGAGGGCGGGGCCGCGCGGGGCGGGCUCGUCGGGCAGGCUCCGCCCCCAGGGGCGCGGGUUUAAAAGCAGGCAGGGCGGGCCCCGGAGACUCAUGCAGCGGUGGCAGAGGCGGUGGCAGAGGCACGCUCGGCCACAGCCAUGGCCCUGCGGGCGGAGGGCGCUCGGUGGAUCAGUGGCCUCUUGCUCUUCGCUAUGCUCACUGCCAGUGCCGCCCGGCUCAGUUGGGAUCUCCCGGACCCCCGCAGCCUGGCCAGCAAGAUCCGAGUGCACCCGCGGGGCAACCUCUGGGCCACCGGUCACUUCAUGGGCAAGAAGAGUCUGGAGCCCCCCAGCCCAUCGCUAUUGGGGACAGCUCCCCAAAUCUCCCUGAGGGACCAGAGACUGCAGCUGAGUCAUGAUCUGCUCAGGAUCCUCCUGCUAAAGAAAACUCUGGGCACGAGGCUCAUCGCCCCAGCACCUCACACCCAGGUCAAUUCCUCUGUGUGUUCCCCCUCAGUACAGGAGGCCGCUGGUGCAAAGGCUGCAGAAGUGAAGCGAUUAAUGAGGAAGAUACGACAACGUGGCUUAGAUUGUGCCCACCCAGGGCCGGUGCUGAAUGGGACCCUGGUAGUGGCCCCAUCUGGGUGUAAAUCCUGGGCGCAAAUCUCUGUUACUCCAAUACUGUGAUUUCUGGGGGUGUUGCCAGGAAUAUCGCCAAUGCAGACACAAAUUAUGUUCCUGCUGUAUUUCUUGCUUCCCUGUUGAAGUUGUGAAUAAAACC